UCACAUGGCUUGCGGGACAACAUGGCUGCGCCCUCACUAGGGCUGGCUGGUGGAUCCUGCGCCCGGCUCGGUCUCGUCCUCUUGCUGCCACUGUUCUUGCUGCCGGGCGAGGCGGCUGGGGGCGAAGAGGCCAGGACUGGCGCGGGCGCGGGCGCGGCUUCCCUAGCGGGCUCAUGCGGCUGUGGCACUCCCCAGCGGCGCGGGGACCAUGGCAGCUCGGCGGCCGCGCACCGAUACUCGCGGGAAGCGAACGCCCCCGGGCAGGUCCCGGGAGAGCGGCCACUCGCGCCCACCAAGAUGGUCCUCAUCCCCGCCGGAGUGUUUACAAUGGGCACAGAUGAUCCUCAGAUAAAGCAAGAUGGGGAAGCACCUGCGAGGAGAGUUGCUAUUGAUGCCUUUUACAUGGAUGCCUAUGAAGUCAGUAAUGCUGAAUUUGAGAAGUUUGUGAACUCAACUGGCUAUUUGACAGAGGUAAUAGGGUUGGGAUGGGGAGGAAGAACUUGGUUACCACUGCUCGGGAGCCACUGGUGUAGCGAAAGAAGAGUAGAGAGCCCAGACAGUUUGCUCUUCCCCAGGCCUCAUCAUCCAGUUCUGCACGUCUCCUGGAACGAUGCCGUGGCCUACUGCACGUGGGCGGGAAAGCGGCUGCCCACGGAAGCUGAGUGGGAAUACAGCUGUCGAGGAGGCCUGCAAAACAGACUUUUCCCCUGGGGCAACAAACUGCAGCCGAAAGGCCAACAUUAUGCCAACAUUUGGCAGGGCGAGUUUCCUGUGACCAACACUGGGGAGGACGGCUUCCGAGGGACUGCGCCUGUCGACGCCUUUCCUCCCAAUGGUUAUGGCUUAUACAAUAUAGUGGGGAACGCAUGGGAAUGGACUUCAGACUGGUGGACCGUUCACCAUUCUGUUGAAAAAACACUUAACCCAAAAGGCCCCCCUUCUGGGAAAGACCGGGUGAAGAAAGGUGGAUCCUACAUGUGCCAUAAGUCCUACUGCUAUCGGUACCGCUGUGCCGCUCGAAGCCAGAACACACCCGACAGCUCUGCUUCCAACCUGGGCUUCCGCUGUGCGGCCGACCGUCAGCCCACCACGGGCUAAGAGCCAAGAAGAGCUUUCCUACGCCCAGAUGUCGCGUCUGCCCCGCCCUUGGCUUUCCUCAGAACGUUGAACAACCUCGAGUGAAGAAUCCCCACUCCGAGCUGGGUCACAUACCUGCCCAGGGGCCAAAGGAGCUGCCUCGCGGGACCAGACUGCUGACCUGUGUCAGCGUGCGUGCUUUAUGGUGUGGCGCACUUCUGGAGAUCAUCGCUGUGCUUUAGUUUGGAGAGUCUCUCAAAGAGGAAGGGGGUGAAGGAGACCCUGGGCUAAACUUCAGAAGGCAUGGGUUCUUCCCAGGCUCUGCCACCAGGGCUAGACCUCAGGGUCCCACACUUGACCUUCUGGAGCCUCAGUGACCUCCUCUAUCCAGUGGGGGGGAUGCACAGCAUGAUCUCUGAGGCCUUCUCCGACAAAUUCUAUGCGUAUAUUAGAUUCUAUUGUGAUUUCAUAGUAAGAGUUUAUGGCAGAUUAUUUUUUAGCUAUUUUUUUCCAUGUGUGAACCUUGGGUAAUACUAAUCAUGUAAAAUAAGAGUUCUCUUAUGUAUUAUUUUGAGAAAAGGAUGGGGUGGUGGAAAAGGUGGUGGUGAUGAGUCUUUAUAUUCAUACUGCACUUUGUGUUUUCAAAGAAAUCAGUGUCUUUUACAUGGUUAGGAUGAAUCCCACGUGGGCCCCUGGGGGUGCACUCAAGUUCAGCAGUCUGAACAUGCAGGAAUGUCUGUGGGGUGACUCUACUGUGCUUUAUCUUUUAACAUUAAGUGCCUUUGGUUCAGGGGGGCGGCUAUAAGCCCUAUAUCCCCCCCUCUCCCCAAAGCCUUCGGUGAAUGUGAAAUGUAUGCUACACGAAGAAACGUUUAAUUCUAGAUGGAGGAGAAGAGGAAAGAGAACCUUGAAUUAACUCUAUUCAGGGUAUCCAGUAUUUUAUAAUAGGGAAGUAGGACAUCUUGUUGGCUGUGGAAUAUCAGAUGCUCUGAAUCCUACACUAUGUCGAAUAAACUGGUAUCUGCUAAAGGAGGCUUCCUUCUCCUCUUGUUUCUCUCCAUUGUGUUUUCUUUUAAAGAAAUGUCUUUGUGACAUGUAUGUAUUUUGUUUGCUAUAAAGCUUUCAUGUCCAUUGGA